AUGCAGUUGCUCCAAAUAAAGCUUAAAGCCUGACACUACUAGUCCCUCAACUUGUCAUUUCUCAUCACUUUUUAUAUCUCUCGCAAGUCCAAACUCUACUACUUGUCUAUUCCUUCAACAUGUAUAUAAAUACGUUCGUCUCCUGUUGAAUCAUAAGUGUACUUUUAUCUCUGCUCAAACACAUUCUUCCAGCUCCCUUCAUCAUACAAAUACACAUAUUUUUAUAAACCAAUUAAGCUAGUAGUCACUAAGAUGAUAGGAAUAGAAGAUAUAUACAAAGUUAUUGUAGCUACCACACCAUUAUACGUAGCCCUAAUUUUAGGUUACGGCUCCGUUAAAUGGUGGCAUAUUUUCACCAACGAGCAGUGCGAUGCCAUCAACUUGCUCGUCUGUUACAUUACUCUCCCCCUUUUCACGUUCGAGUUCACGGCUAACGUUGAUCCGUUCGCAUGGAAUUUCGUGCUCAUCGGUGCUGAUGCCAUCUCGAAAGUCAUCAUUGUAGGAGUUUUGGCGGCUUGGGUGAGGUUUAGUUCCAAAGGGAGCUACGGCUGGGCUAUAACAAGCUUCUCCUUGUCGACUCUAACGAAUUCUCUCGUUGUCGGCGUGCCUUUGUUACAAGCGAUGUACGGUCCGUCUGCGGUUGAUUUAGUGGUUCAGCUGUCCGUGGUCCAGGCCAUUAUAUGGCUCACGCUGUUGUUAUUCGUUCUCGAGUUUCGACGGACUCGGAUCGGGUGCAUGGAGAGUGAUCAGGAGAUGGAGGUUAGGGAGAAGGAUCUGGAAGGAGAUGAUGAGAUUGGGGUGGCUGAUCCGUCAUUUUGUUAUGUGAUGCUCAAGGUGUGGAUGAAACUUGCGAUGAACCCUAAUUCUUAUGCUUGUAUUGUUGGGAUCACUUGGGCAUGUGUGGCUAACAGGUGGCAUUUGGAGAUGCCGAGCAUCUUGGAAGGCUCUAUAUUGAUCAUGUCCAGAGCUGGAACCGGCACUGCUAUGUUCAGCAUGGGACUGUUUAUGGCGAGGCAAAAGAAAGUUGUAGCAUGUGGGUCCAGUCUUACGGGCUUGGGAAUGGUUCUGAAGUUUGUUGCGGGUCCCGCUGCCAUGGCUAUUGCUUGCCUUGCUGUAGGUUUGCAUGGAGAUGUCUUACGUGUCGCAAUCAUUCAGGCUGCAUUGCCCCAGUCCAUCACUUCUUUCAUCUACGCCAAAGAAUAUGGGUUGCACGCCGAUGUACUUAGCACUGCGGUCAUAUUUGGAAUGCUAGUGUCACUUCCUCUGUUGAUCGGAUAUUACGCAAUUUUGGCUUUUUUACACUGAAACCUCAAGCCAUAGCCCACUUUCUCCAACUCAUAUUCAGAGCAAAGGGAGAGGACGAGUGUUUAGGGCUUUUCUUUAUUUGCAUACUCAUAUACUUUAGUUUCAACAAAAACUUUACGCUAUUAUGUCAUCAUUUCUUGAAUUAUAUUUCUACUGAGUUUGUUUUGUUUA